AUGUCCGCAGCUAUUGCAAGAACGAUGGCCUCCCAGGACCACGCAGGCCACAAUGGCUCUGUCUCUUCUCGACCCCUUCCCAGCCUCACAUUAUCAAAGAACAAGGAGCUUCCCCCACUCCCCCAAGAACAUGUGGGGCCACAGCCACCACAUGGUUAUGUCGAAGGCUACUCACGGCAUGGAUUCGAUGUUCCCCCAGUUCCACCACCUAAACCUAGCCAGAUCUCGGCCCGGAACAAGUCACAUCGCGCUGCCACCGUUCAACCCCAGGUUGGGUUUCAGAAUCUUGCCCCGACCUUCCACAUGUGGAGCAGGGUUAAGUCCAUCACAGGCAGUGCAACGAUAGAGCUGGGAAACCAGCCACUGGCCCAUCCGUCUUACACGGCCAAGCUGGGCACGAGCGGCGGAAGGACGACAGUCAGAGAUACAAGUUUCGGCCAGGUAGUGGCAGAUGGCGCAGAGAAGAACCCCAUGAGGUCCAAGUGCACCCUUUCCGUGAAUGGCUUCGACAGUGAGCUCCAGAGGAGCGGCAAUAGUCACUAUUUUUCCGCACCUGUCCGAGGCACCAUCGAUACCUUCGAGUGGCGGAAAGGGAGAAUGGGUAGGGACUGGACGCUUGUUUCGGCAGGGUCGCCCCUCGAGGCACCUCCACUGGCCACCUGGCACUGCAAGAGCGAUUACGUCAAGAGGAACACUGAGCUAGGAGUGUUUGAAUUCCAUGGGCCCGCGUUGAGCGGAGAGAUGGGGGAGACAUUCUUGGCACUGGCUAUUAUGGCACUGGUGAGGAUCUACCACAAGUCAUAUGAGUCCAAGGUUGCAGCGGGCAGCUCACCUGCCACCGAGCAUGCUGCAUCGGUACCUGUAGCCGUGGCAUAA